CUUCCCUCUUCUUCCUCUCUCAUAGCACCCUCCUCGUUUUUUUAACGACUCGUCUUUUCCCUGCUUCCGCAGUUCCUUCUAUACACAUAUCAUCAUUACUUCCACCCUGCGCGCCCGUACUUCAACCUCCUUGUCGCCCUCGAAUUCGAUCAGCGUCAGGAUGGCCCAACCUUCGUCAUCUCAUCAUCGCGAGCGUGAAUCGCACCGUUCCGAACGUUCUUCACACCACCAUCAUAGAACAAUCUCAUCCACGACCCUCCUCCUCGUACUCUCUCUUAUACUUGCUGUCCUUGCAGUGAUGCUUUCCCUUCCCAGCCAGAGCUCUUCUAGCAACCCCAGCGAUCCUAGCGGUGGUGUCAUGAGCUACCUCACACCCAAACGCACCCAAGCGCUCAUUGCUCGCGAGAGAGAUGUUGCGCUUCGUGAAGCCGAAGUUGCUCGGCGCGAAGCUGAGAUUUUGGCUGGUGCACCGGGCGGGGUUAUAGGUAACCCACCUACCCCUUGCCCGGCAUGUCCAAUCAUUGCUCAGGCCACGUACGAGCCCCCUCCUGCACAAACCGUCAUCAAGGAGGUCGUAAAGGAGGAAGCACUUACUCCUCCUGGCUGGUGGAAGGAGGGCAAUGUUCGUUUUGACGACAUUCUCAGUCGCGAGCUCAAGAUCGCGGAACGUGAACGAGAAAUUAGCCGUCGCGAAGAGACGGUUAACCGCAGGGAGCACGAUGCAUCCCGCCGUGAAGCUUGGAUCAUGGAACAACUUGUUGCUCUCGGUAACGAAGCUUCUGUAGAGGAGGAAUACGUGUAUGAGCCUGUUCCUGCGAAGCGUAAAAACUCUGCCAAGGAACUCCCUCCUCUCCCCGCUCUAGUCGUCACAGAAACUGCAAUCGAGACCGCCACCCGUACCGUUACCCAAAUCCAAAUUCAAACUCCUUCUCCUGUUGUCGAAACAAUCGUUCCAGCGCCUGCCAGUACUCGUCGCGCCGCCUCUCCCACGCCAUCGCCGCGUAGUACUUCUUCAACCUCCACCCUUCCCAGGACCACCUCUGUUGAGGUAGUCGUGGAGACUCGUGAGGAAGUUGUACAUGAGGAGCCGAUUGAAGAGGAGGAGGAGGAGAUCGAGAUAGAGGAACCGAGACGAAGGAGGGUGGUCCGAAGGCCGCCUCCUCCGCCUCCGCAGCCCCCUGCUGCUUACAGGCAAUCCCCCCCUCAACAACGCUGGCCCCCUGUCGAUUGGUGAGGAUCGAAAGCAGUAUUGUGACGAUUAAACGAGUUAUUGGGCUGUAUUCACGAUUUAUUUCCUUCCUUCUUGCUUCUUAUUACCUCUCGUUUCUUACUUACACACCUGGCGGCGCCUUGCUAUGUAACCUGCAUCAUCAGCCUCCUUGUCUCCGGCCGCCUUUGAUAUUGUUGCAAUCCGCCGUGAACAUUUACAUUGCUCUAAAUCUUCCUUUAUUUACCCGGUGAUGCCUUACUCCCUCAACUUUACUGACCCUUUUUACGAACUUGACGACGGUGGAAGAACACGAUACUACAGUACGGCUGGCACAUGGAUGACGGAUUGCUCGAUACGUAGUGUAGAUUAUUCCCUAUGUGGCUUCCUGAGCGGAAUAGAUACAUAUGGCACUGGGGGGUUGGUCUGUGUACAUUUCACGGUCAAAGGGAGACAGACGUGUGACGUACAAGCACGGGGUUUGGGGUUGUUUGUACUUGCUAUUUUCCUACAACUGUUCCCGACGCGUCAGGAUUUCUGUUCGCGCCCGUUGCUUUUCAGCGCCCUGACAAGCUCACUGGGUCUUGCUCUCAGAUGGCAGCCAUCUCUUCAGAAAAGUCGUCUUUCGCGGAUGUGGGCUCAAUAUCAGCACCGUCUUCCUCAAAACCCUCCUCCUUCUCUGCCCUCUCUCCCCUGACGAACGUGUAUCGGCGGUUCUCAGACUGGCGCAGUGCACUCGGUCUUCCUAACCCUGGCUCGGUGGAGAACCUCCAGAAGGAGAUCAAAAACACUCAUCUGACGAACUUCUUCUUCGAUGGUGCGCGGGCGGACCUGAUGAAGGGCCUCUCGAUGGAUCCCGCCUUCCAAGUAACACAUUCCUUCUCGCUCGCGUCCCAAAGCGCUCCUCCAUCGUACAACUUUGGUGCUGUUUUUGCGAACCAGCAGGUUUUCCUCCAGGGAAGUGUGGAUCACGAAGGGAAUGUGAACGCUCGGUUGAAUCAAGGCUGGUCACCGACCAAUGUUACGAAGAUCCAGGCUCAGCUCUCGUCUCAAGCCGGUCAUAACAUGAUCCAGCUAGAGCACGAUUAUCAAGGUUUAGACUACAGCGUAAAUGCGAAAGCAAUCAACCCUUCGCCGACGGACGGCACCGGGGUCUACGUCAGCACGUACCUCCAGUCUAUCACCCAAAAACUCGCCCUCGGCGUCGAGUCGGUCUACCAGCAUCAAUCGGCGCAGCUCACCGACUUCAGUAUGUCGUAUCUUGCGAAAUACACUGGCGCGAAUAAGGAUUGGAUUGCGACUGCGUCGGUUCAGCCCGCUGGCAUUCUUCAGGCGACCUACUGGCACAAGCUGAGCGAAAAGGUGGAGGCUGCCGCGGAUCUGCAGCUUAUUGCUGCGCCCGGGCGGAGAGAUGCCAUCGCGGUGCUUGGUGCCAAGUAUGACCUUCGUAUGUCGACGUUCAGAGCGCAGCUGGACUCGACGGGCAAGGUUUCGGCACUGCUCGAGCAGCGGUUUGCACCAACGUUCGCCUUCACGGUGGCCGGUGAGAUCGAUCACUUCAAGAACUCGGCGAAGGUGGGUGUAGGCGUGAUGAUCGAGAGCACGAGCUUGACACCUGAGGAGAUGGGCAUGACAAUGCCUCCAGGCCCUCCCCAACUAU